GCCUUCGUCACGCUUAGCACUGCUGAGUCGGAACUUGUUGCCGGCCUUGACGCGGUAGUGGCGCUCCAAUCAGCAGAGGCUAUGUUGAGUGAUUUCGGCAUAACUGGUUUAGACAAGACUCUCAGAGUGGACUCGCAGUCUGCUCUGGCCAUCGCCGUGGGCCAGGGCGCCGCCAGCCAAGGUGACGAAGAGUUAGAAGACAUCUCCAUCCCUGUGUCCCUGAAUACAGAUUU